UCCGGAACUGUACGAUGGGUAAGGUCUAGCGUACUAGAAAAGCGAAGACUGAAAACUCAACAAGAAAAGUGAUCUCUCUCCCCCAUCUCUCUCUCAAUAUAUAUACAAACACAUAUUAUCAAUCUGUCUGAAAAAUCGUUGAAAACUCAGUCUCAGAUCUUUCAAACUCUGGUCAAACCUUUCAAAUCUUGGUAUUCAAUCGAUUAGUCCAUUUCUAUUCUCUCUUUGUUGGUUAAUUUCACCCUUAUAUUUUUCCGUCGACUUCCGAGCACCGGAAUCGUCAUUUUCCAGUGGAUUACCGUCGGUGAUAAUGUCAAUUGCAGAGUACAGAUAACCAUACAGUCCUAUGUUUGUGUUUUUGAGUUGCAUGUGGCGCAUUUUCCAUGGAAACAGUGAUUGGAGUUGAGGCAAAUGAUGAUGCUAACUUCGAGGAUGGAACAGUUGCUGAUCCUGUUGUCUACAAGCUCGUUCGGGUUGAGGGCGAUGGAAGAUUAGUGCCUGCAACAGAUGAUGAAGUUAUGGAAGUUGAGGAUUUGCUUGAAGAUGACAAGAGUGAAAUGCCUUUUGCUGCAGACACUGGGCAGACUGUAGGAUGCACUUCCAACAAUGGAUUUCCUUCUGGCAAGACCCGAUUAGAAGGUUCUGAAGGUACUUUACAAUCUGAUAAUCCGGAAGCUGAUGUGGCGAAGUCAAAUGCUCAGCUUGACACAGGAAUUGGUUCGGGGAAAUUAAAUGCUCGACUUGAGGAAGUUGUUCCUUCAUCCGCACUGAGUUCACAUGGCAGCCAGAUCGAUCAGUCUGGGACUGCUGGGGAAUGCUCAAUCCCACCUGGUGAACCAACUGAAAGUGGAAGGUCAACUGGUGCUGUCGGUACUAAUUUGAAGCCUGAUUUUUCUAAGUUACAGGGGGAAAUAUGCUUGGAAAACCUAUCAGUUAAGGAACUACAAGAAACAUUUAAAGCAACAUUUGGGAGGGAAACUUCUGUCAAGGACAAGCAGUGGCUUAAAAGGAGGAUUGCCAUGGGAUUGACUAAUUCUUGUGAUGUUACAACUACAACUUUUGUAAUUAAAGAUAAUAAAGUAGUGAAGAAGGGUAAAGAAGGAAACUGUGAGGCUGUGGUUGGUACACUUGCCAAGGAUUCAGUAGUUGGAGCAAUGAAUGAGGACUGCAGAAGUUCACCAAUUAGCCACAAUAAUCAAACAUCAAAUCUUAUAAAUGUUUCUGGUAAGAGAACAAGAAAUCCUAGCUUGGAAGAUGAUUCUAUUAGUGAUGAACUUCAUGUGGAACAGAAAGCAGCCAAAAGAGUUCGGAAGCCCACAAAACGAUAUAUUGAAGAACUUUCAGAAGUAGAAUCUGGAGAAUAUAGUGGAAAGUUGAUAUCUUCAGUAAAAAGUUCUGGACAUGGCCAGUCAUCUCCGAGAUCUCAUGUCAGUCCUGUUCAAUAUGUCCGGUCAGAUGUGAGACCUGUUGUCACCAGACAGGAUUCUCUUGGAGGUUCUGGGGUUCAAGUUCCAUAUGUUUCUCGACUUCGAAGAGGCCGUCCAAGGGAAAACUAUAUGGCUCUUAUGAAGCUCCAACCUAGUGGCAUGCGAAUGGACAUGGCAGCCAAACUGGUAAAGAAGGCCAUUGGUGUACGUGGUCCGCGACCAAAUAAUGAAAGAGGGAAUGGCCUUUUUAAGGCCAGGUUGGCCCCUGGAUGGAUUCAACAACCUCUUAUGACUGAGUUGAAGAAAGAUAAGGAGUACUUGGAAAGAAAAACAGCCGAGUUGGAGAAAGAUGUGGAGCUGAAACAAAUGACUUCUUGUGGGGAUAAUUCAGAUGAUAACGUAAAAACUGUGCCCACUGCAAAAGGUGGAAUGAGAAGGAAACAUCAUCGACCUUGGACUCUUUCUGAGGUUGUGAAGCUUGUUGAUGGUGUAGCCAGGUAUGGUGCUGGUAGGUGGUCUGAGAUAAAACGGCUUGCAUUCGCUUCCUAUACAUACCGAACUUCAGUUGACCUUAAGGACAAGUGGAGGAAUUUGCUGAGAGCUAGCUUUGCGCAGGUGCCUGCAGAAAAAGAUAUGCAAAAUUCCCGGAAACAUGCUUCAAUGCCAAUCCCUGCUCCGAUUCUGUCGCGGGUGAGAGAACUUGCUGAAAUGCAAGCAGAGGUGGAACCACAUCUUAGCUCAGGCAAAUUUGUUGGGUGUAGUGGUAGAAGUGUAAAUGAAGCAAGACCAGGGUUCUUGUAGUGGUUCUUGUAGUGUUGUACAUAGCACAGUCCAUAAAUUGAAAUAAGGAACACUAUAACUGUAUACUGUGUUUAAGAUUGCCUCCUAGUUAGUCCUUUUUGUUUAUGGUUAACUUGUAGCAUUUAACUGUUAAGUUUCUACAUGUCUCCGCGUACGCUAUCUAUUUUGUAUACCUUGAGGUGGUCUGAAACAACUGGUUCUCGAAUUAUUUAUUGUCGGGUCUUAAAGAGUUCA